GAAGCCCCUCCACCUGUCCACCUUGACACUCUGUCGCAGGUUAAUACUAAUUCUGGUUGAACUCUUGCCACUUGCUCUUCUGUUAUUGGAAGCCGGGACGACAUAUUAUAUCUCUAGCUGACGGCUGAAUGGAAGGAAGCGACAUACGGAACCGAGCCGAUCCGGGCCAGUCGAGGCCAGGUCGAGAUACGAAAGACAGCAGCACCCAGACUGACAGCCGAGUACAAGGUCCGUGGGAUUGGUCUGGUGGUUGUGCGGGACAGUAAGGUGGUGGGACUCCACUGUUCAGGACCUGAGCUCCACGCAGGACAGGCAGCCAUCAUACAACACGGCGCCAGCCUGGCUGACUGUCACUUGUACUUCUCCAGGAGACCCUGCGCCACCUGCCUCAAGAUGAUCAUCAACGCGGGAGUCAGUCAGAUCUCCUUCUGGCCCGGGGACCCCGAGGUCAGCAUGCUGAGCUCCACCUCUACAAACCAUUCAAAAUCCCGCAGCCCACCCGACAGCAUCACGGAGGAGGCCGCGCUGGACGCCGUGGCAAUCGAGAAGCUCAAGUCCAACAGCCGCCCUCACAUCUGCGUGCUGCUGCAGCCGCUGGCGCCCGGCCUGGCGCAGUUCGUUGACGAGACGUCCAGAGAGUGUGAUUUCAUGGAGAGAGUGGCUGACGAUGAACCAGGGCUGAACACAGAGGAACUUUUCAACAGAGAGUGGACCAGACACCUGAAGCACUUCUCCAGACAGUUCCUGGUUGAGACGCCUCGGCAGCACCGGUACAUUUUGACCCAUAUGGGUCUGGAGAACUUCUGCGUGGAGCCGUACUUCUCCAACCUGAGAAACAACAUGAGGGAGCUGGUGGAGGUUCUCGCCGCAGUGGCUGCUGGGGUGCCACAGCAACAACACGGCUUCUACAGGGAGCAGCAUUCAACGCCCGAGUCAUCCCUAGCCAAAUCCCCGCCACCUCCUCGCCACGACGGACUGUCCCAAGAUGUGGCUCGCCAUUGCAUCGUACAAGCCCGGCUGCUGGCUUACAGAACAGAGGACCCUAAAUUGGGAGUGGGUGCUGUUAUCUGGGCCAAAGGACAGUCGGCUGGCAGUGAUGGAACAGGCUGUCUGUACCUGGUGGGUUGUGGGUACAACGCUUACCCAGCAGGCUCACAGUACGCCGAGUACCCCCAGAUGGACAACAAACAGGAGGACCGGCAGAGGCGCAAGUACAGAUACAUCAUUCACGCAGAGCAGAACGCCCUCACCUUCAGGACUCGAGCCAUCAAACCAGAGGAGCCCACCAUGCUGUUUGUGACCAAAUGUCCAUGCGACGAGUGUGUGCCUCUGAUCAGAGGAGCCGGCAUCACACACAUCUACACCACCGACCAGGACCGGGACAAGGACAAGGGGGACAUUUCUUACCUGCGGUUCAGCAGCCUGAAGAACAUCAGCAAGUUCAUAUGGCAGAAGAGCCCUUCACCUGGCUCAGCGUCCUCUCCUCACCGGGCCAACGGUUGUGUCGGGAAGCACAGCAGGCAGACCGAUCAAGAAAGCCACAGCACCAAGAAGCUGUGCACCAACAGAUCGCACGACUCGCCUACUGUUAGCUGAACGUUGGCCAUAGAUGGAUUGAUGGACAGACCGAUGAAUGGAUACACAAAAAAAACAACAACACAGAAUCCGGUUUUUAGCCAACUUUCCACAGAUUAGAUGUUUUAUGGCUCGAGCUGGGAGGAGUCUAAAUAUUAUUUCCUCCCUGAACAUCAAAUCUGUGCCACAUCAUUAUUUUACAUUAUUUAUUUGCUCUUUUACCCAGAACUGGGGUUGGUUUUGUGAGCCAUGUUUUUUUUUUUUAGGAAAUCAUUGAUUGAUCAUUGGUUAGUGUAUAUGUGAACAUCAACAUCUUUCCUGUGUCCUUCUGUAGACUGUUGAAUCUGCUGCUGCAUGUUUAUGUUUUAUACCAUACUGAGUGAUAAUGGACAGCAGACGCUGGCAGUCUCAGAUGAAGAUUGGUGAAGUUGAAACCUAAAAGGUUGUAUUUGAACUACCUGGGACUGCUUUGAAUAGGAAUUGUGUCCUUUUAAGGCUCAAAUCUAAGAAGAGGGAGCCGCCCUUAGAACACAUGAUCUCUAACUUUCCAUCCGCCGUAUCUUUUACGUCCUGUUAUUCAGAAGUCAUUGGCAGGGGGUUGGAGAGACGAGGACAAGAUGAAAACCAUACAACACGCUGACCUCAGAGAGAAACCUUUAAGAAGGGAUGGAUGGAUGGAUGGAUGGAUGCAAUAAUGAGGGAAGAGGUAAGGAAUGCAUGUGGAUGUUGGAGACUGUAGGGAUAGUAAGGAUACCACAAAAAAUAGUAUAUUUAAUAUAGUAAUAUAAAGUGUGAUAUGUGGAUUUGUUCAUGAUGUUGAUAAUCUUUUAUAUAAAGUGGUUUAAAUAGUUUAUUUAAAUACUGUAAGUUGAAUGCACAGGGUACCAUGGGUGUAGCCCCAGUUCUCUAGGAUGUUGACUUGAAUAAUGUUUAAAAGAACUGCAGAUGCUGACGCAGCACUCCAGCUCUCGGAUCAUUUAAUUUGAAAGACUGUAAGAAUAUUUUACUGAAGAUUAUAUUACAAUUGUUUUGUUUUUCAUUUUAAUUUGAAGCAAAAUGCACUCAGUUUGCAACUCAGGCUUGAAAGAAAAAAAAAUCCCUUCCGUCAUAUUUAUUCUCCGAAGUGCAGACGAAGACAAAGAGGAAGCAGCAUCUUCCUCAUGAAAGGAUUAGAUUAAAAGAAAAUGAGAUUUUGUUUCAGUAAUACCAAAAGAACAAAGUGUUCUCUUUCUUUAAAUCAUGAAGUCAUGAUUCAUUUCACAGUAAUAAAGAUGCAUUGGAUAAAAUGCUUCAUGAAGCAGUUUUAAGAAAGAAGGAAUUUGAUAGCGAAGCUUUAAUCUGGCGUCAUUAUUUUCAUUAUUUAACCAAAGUGUUGAGGAUUCUGCACGAGAACCCGUUCUACUUGCAUUGUAUGUCAUACCUUUUUUCUCACACGCAGUUCAAAUGUUUCUGUAGCUGAGAUCCAUUCAUGGAGAAAGACUUAAAGACUGAGUUAAUCUCAGAGUGUUAGCUGUGGAGCCUCUCAGCAUCAUUCAGAAAAACAAGUUAAACUCUUGAAACUGACAUGCUGCAAUAUAUACACAGAAUGAAAAUAAAAU